AUGGUGCCGUCGCGUCCUUGCAGUUGCAGGCCGAUCUAUGCAGCAGCAGCGCCAAGUCAAGCUGCAAGACGGCGGAGGCAGAAGGCAGCGUCAAUGCCGUUGGACGUGCUGGUGGACAUUGCGGUGCGCACCGACCCGGCCACCCUCGUGCGCUGUGCCGCCACGUGCAUGGACCGCGUCAAGGAAUACAUCAGCCUCCACGGCCCCCUCUGCCUCCAGCAGGGAGACCGCUUCGUGCUCCCCCUCCUACGCGGCAAUCUGAUCUACCAGUCCCACGGCUGGCCCAAGCCCGAGGAGGAGCUGUUUCUGGUGGACACCAGCGUGCCGGAUGCCACCAAGCUGCGCACGGCUAGCCGCGGAGGCUUUCCCCUCUCGUCACGCGAUGGUCUUGUCCUCGCCCGUGUAGGCUUGGCACAAGAGCUCCGCGUGUGCGACCCGGCCACCGGCAGGAGUCUCACCCUACCAUCCGAACAGGCGUUCCCAAGAACGACUGGGGUAAAUUAUGUCGUGCUCGUCCGUGGCGAUGAUAAGGGGGCCACCUCCGUUGGCCGGCAUUUUCAAGUGGUCAAGGCAUAUCUAGAGAUGUCACAGUACAGCGGCAACCUGCAGCUCCAGACCUUCUCAUCGGAGCAUGGCGUGUGGGGCCUCUACACCAACAACUAUCUACCUAACCUAUUUGGCAACCACUUGCAACAAAGCCUCGGCAAGGCCCUGGUCACCGGCGGCACUGUCCACUGGUUGUGCCAGACUGACACCGGGUCCUAUGUCCUGAAGCUCCGUGUCAGAGCGGCAAAGGUGAUGGCGAGGAUGCUCCCAAAAGGGUUCCCACACCACGAACAACACCAAAAACUUCUAGCAACAUCGUCGGCGGGUCGGGAUGUGCUUGUGCUCGUCGCUGAAGAGGACAAGAUAUCGGCAUGGGCACAAUCAAAGCAUACAGGCAAGUGGCAGCAACGGCCACAUGUGGUGAUCAACAUGACGGAGAAAAUUUCGCGGUUCCUUGAGAAGGCAGGCGGUAGUUGCAUUCCGCCGACGAACCCAGUCCAAUUCAAGCUAAUCUGGUUUGCCGAGAAGAGCGGUACCGUGCUCAUCGACACAUGCCGUGGUUUCUUUUGGCUCGACCUGCAGUCUAUGGAGAUCGUGAGGUGGUUCUUGGAUCAUAGGAUCCCAUACACUACCCAUAAUAUCCCCUAUGAGAUGAGUUUGACGGCUUGGGUUCCAACAUUCAGUAGCACUUUGUGA